AUGACGGUCAGGGUGGCCAACUCGGACAGCCUGGUCGCUUCCGAGGACGGCUCGACGAUUGACGCGACGCACGGUGCCUUCGUCGAUUUGGACGCGGUUGACGGGCAAGCCGAUGACAAGGAUAAACGCGAGAACACCGAUACCUUCCUGUCCGUUACGCAGAAUGAAACGAAGGCUGAUCUCCGACUAGAACUCCUCGAAACCGUUCGCGAUGUUGUCGUUGGGCGCGCUGAUAAGUGGAUGCUCACCCUGCCCAAACAGAGUGAAGGCGGAAAACAAUGGAAGAUGCUCGUCGAUGUCUCGAUCGAAAACAGUCGGCGAUUGAUCACAUUGCGAUCGCAUGUACAGGUCACAAAUCACCUUGACGUCGAUAUGGAGGUGUAUUCGAAACGCGACAACAACCUCGAUUUGGCCGCCAUCGUCAAGACGGGUGAGACGGUCAACCUGCCGGUCCCGCUGCUCUUCACCCCGACCGGCGAGCUCUUCUUCAAGCCCGUUGGCGACAACACCGAAGUCUCGUUCGAGUCGGUCUCCUGGCACGACUUUGCCAAUCAGAAGCGUGCCCCGAUUCGAUGCAACCUGAGCGACGAUGACACGAAGGGCUUCUUCUUCGAAACCGUCAUCUCCGAGGAUGAGAUUCACUAUCCAACCGGAGGCGCCGUUGUCAAGGAGAAAAAGACCGAUUCGAGCUUCAACAUUUCGCUCUACCCACCGCUCGUCUUCCAUAACAACCUGCCGUUCCCGGUGACGCUUGAGCAGCCGAUCGGUGCCGAGUUGGGUCCCGGCGAGGACACGGUGUUGAACAUCAUAGCUGGCCACAAACUUCGGCUGCACACGAGCUACCACAACGAAAAGUAUGUGCUUGACAUGCGCAUGGAGGAGCGGCCCGAAGAUCUGCAAGUUGUCGCCUUGAACACGGAAUCCGGAAGUGCUGAACUGUUGCUCGGUCUCCAUUGGUCUCGCGAAUACGGUGGCCUCAAGGCCUACCUGUACGCCCCGUUCUGGAUGGUCAACAACACGUCGAUGACCCUUCGACACAUGGAGAGCUCCGGUGGCUUUAUCGCGUCGACGACGAAUUGCAUCUCAUGCCGGCCCAAAACUGCGGUGGACAACGAGGAAUACGCCCUGCGCCAUGGCCCCGACCAGAAUCCCAUCAUUCUGCCGUUCCCAUCCAAGGAUGUCGGCCAGAAGAAGAAGUCUCGCGUCCAAGUCGAGGGCGACUCCAACUGGUCCGACGAGUUCCCGCUGGAAACGGUCGGAAAUACGGCCCGCGUCACCUGCAAGGGCGAAUCGAGGGACUAUGAUCUGAGCGUCUCCAUCCAACUGUGCCAGUCUGGCCUCACCAAAAUAGUCUCUUUCGCCCCUUUCUACCUCGUCAGCAAUUGCGGCAAAUUCGACCUUGAGGUCCGAGAAGAUCAAGUACAAGAGUGGACCACGAUUCCUGCAGAAAAGUGCAUUGGCAUUUGGCCGACGCAGAAGGAGCAGCGCAAGGUGUACUGCACACGAUACGCUGGUGCUUCGGAGGAGUCGCUGCUUUUCCCGAUCACUGAGAACAUUGAAACGUUGGCUCAGAUCAACGAUGCAUCGGCCGGUAUCGAUGUCGCGUGUACCGUUGGCGAGUCUUCCGUCACAGUCCACUUGACGCCGUUCUCGCCAGGAUCCGCUCCUGUCCACGUUAUUAAUCAUCUGAAGAUGCCAAUCGAAUACGGGCAAAAGGGCCACCGACGUGAACGGCUCCUCCCCGGCGAACACGUCUUCUUCACCUGGAGCGAGCUGACCCGCGACCGCCUCUUCGAAUACCAGAUCGGCGAGCACAAGGGCGAAAACGGGCUCAUGCAGAACGACUUCGGCGAGGUGCAGCCGAGCAAGGAAGCGCGCAAAUACGUCUACUUCACCUCGUUCCUCAACGGCCGACAAAGGACGCUCCUCUUCACCGCCGAGCAUUCGAUAGCCCGCGCUGCCUUCGGUGCGCACGAGCUGGAGAACACCGAUUUCUGCUGUGACCUCCUGCUCCAAGGGCUCGGCCUCAGCGUCGUCGACAAUCACAAGGGCGUCGAGGUCCUCUACGUCGGCAUCAGCUCCUCAGAUAUCCUGUGGGAAGAGGGCUCGCUCAGCUCAGGCUUCGGCAUCUUCAAGAAGCAGAUCCGCUACAAGCCGCUGGCCGUCAAGUACAUGGCCAAGCUCGAGGAGCACUACCAGGGCUAUCUGAAGAAUGACAAGGAGGAAUGGCUCGCUGUGGAGGGCAAAUAUGAGGCCAACAUGAAGCGGAUGCUGUUGCGCAAGAAGAAGAACGGCAAAGAGCUCAAGAUGCGCCGCAUCUUUGAGCGCGGAAUUUACGCCCACUACAGUACGACGGCUCAGCGCAAGCGCUUCCAUUUCAAGCUGAACCAUCUGCAGAUUGACAACCAGAUGGAUGCUUGCGUCUUCCCGUGUGUGCUCUCGGUGGUCCCGCCGCCGAAGAGCGUCGUUCAGGACAAUGCCCCGAAGCCCUUCGUCGAGUUCUCAUACGUCGAACGCUCCAACGAGUUCUCUACGAUCCCCGAGAUUGAGUACUGCAAGGUGCUCGUUCAAGAAUUCGCAGUCCGUGUCGACCAGGGCCUCAUCAACGCCGCCCUGGACCUCUCUCCGAACGCCACGAUCAAGAAACCCUACGGCAAGAAGAUGUUCGACGAGGACAUGGAGCUGACGAAGGUCAACCUCGGUCAAAUGGCCGACGCUUGGAAGUCGCAGAAGCCCAAGUCGUACUACGACGAGAUCCACAUCUCACCUUUGAUGAUCCAUCUCUCCUUCUCGCAAGGUGGUACGACGGCCGAACGCGCUGCUGGCCCGGCUCCGAUCCAGAGCGAGUUCGUCAAUGUGCUGCUGAAGAGUGUGGGCGUGACGCUGACCGAGCUGCAGGACGUCGUCUUCAAGCUGGCCUACUUUGAGCGAAAGGCUGUUUACUACAACCAGGAUCAGCUGAACGCCGAAGUGAUCAGCCACUACACGAUGCAGGCUAUCAAGCAGCUGUACGUGCUCGUCCUCGGCCUCGACAUAAUCGGCAACCCGUUCGGGCUUGUCCGCGAUUUGUCAUCCGGUGUGGAAGAUCUCUUCUAUCAACCGUAUCAAGGAUUGGUCCAGGGCCCCGAGGAGUUCAUCUCCGGUGUCGGCCUCGGCGUCCAGUCACUCUUCGGCCACGCUGUUGGCGGUGCGGCUGGCGCUGUUGGUCGCAUCACUGGCACGGUUGGAAAAGGAGUGGCUGCCCUGACCUUCGAUCAAGAAUACCAACGGAAGCGCCAGGAAGACUUGAACCGACGGCCACAAUCGUUCGCCGAGGGAAUGGCGCGCGGCUUCAAGGGACUUGGAAUGGGAGUUGUGGACGGUGUGAAGGGAGUCGUCACCAAGCCGCUGGAGGGCGCUCGGCAAGACGGCUUCGGCGGAUUUAUCAAGGGAACCGGAAAGGGACUUGUCGGUUUGGCCGCUCGCCCGAUUUCCGGCGUCGUCGACUUUGCUUCGUCAUCUAUGGACGCUGUUCGAACAGUGGCAGGGACGAAUAAGGACACUGAUCACGGGUUCCUCACCGAAACGGACGAGUACAUUUGCUACGCGCCGAUCACGGAUCGUCUCGUGCUGCUCGUCACCAACCUACAACUGGUCAUCACCAAACGGACGGAUGUGCUCGGCACGUGGACCGUCGAUUGGUCGGCAAGGUACACUGAGAUCAAAGAGCCGAAAUACGUCGACGAGGGCGUGAAAAUCGAGCUGUUGACGAAACGGCGCGGGUUCUUGGGCAUCGGCGGCUCGGCGGGCAAAAUCAUCACGUUCGAGAACGCAAAAGUACGCAGGGCGCUCGAGAUGUUUUUGAAACGUGGUCGCCCGAAACGGAUACGGGUGAUUGAUUGGAUGCUCACAUCGCUCGUUUGUUUGGGCGCCAGGCUAAGAGAAGAUCGGCGUCCGCUCUACCGCCAAGUGUUCACGAAUCGACGACUCGACAUCGCGCAUAAGGUGGCCGUCCGGUCCAUCUUCGGAUUCCUCCUUGCCGGCACCUCGUUCGUCCUGGUAAACGGGUUGAUCUACUACAAAUACGUCUCUCCGAUUCGACAGGAAGAACGCGAGCUGUUGGAGAGGGAGUUGAUCGAAGCCGACAAGGCCGGAUUUAGACUAGCA